UUAUUUCGUCGCCUCAUCAAAUAUAAACUACAUUUAUCUAGAAACUGAGGAAGUGUGUUGACGGACAGACUCACACGGCAGCAGCUGCAGCGGCGCACAUGUAUUAAUGUAGAGUAUCUGCUCCUGACAGACAGACACUGGGUUUGUUUUAACGAAGUCACAUUAGACUGACAAUGACAACGAGAAGAAGAGAAGGAGGAGACGACGACGACAGCAGCUGCUGAGGAUUUAAAGCCGGUGUUUAGAGUUCGGUUCUGUCUCGUUCGUCUUCGUCCGGAGGAGAACUGCAGGUGCUCAACACAGCCGUGCUCAGCCCUCCUGUUCACUGCAAAGAUGAACUGGACUGCUGGUACACAGUGUGUCGCCAAGGGAGACCACAGAAAACCCAAACCUGGAGAACUGGCAUACCACAAAGGAGACAUCCUCACUAUUGUCGACAUCAGCACGAGAAAGGGGUUUUACAAAGCUACACACAACAGCACAGGAGAGGAAGGACUCAUCAACUCCACCAAUGUUCGUGAAAGAGAGGCUCUGCGUGUCGAUCAUAGCCUCAGCCUUAUGCCUUGGUUUCAUGGGAAGAUCUCUGGUCCGGAGGCUGUGUGUAAGCUGCAGCCACCUGAGGACGGCCUGUUCCUGGUGAGAGAGUCUAUACGCCAUCCCGGUGACUACGUACUGUGUGUAAGCGUCUCUGGAGAGGUCAUCCACUACCGUGUGAUUUAUCAGGACAACAAGCUGACCAUCGACAACACACAGUAUUUCUACAACCUCAUUGACAUUGUUGAGUUCUAUUCUAAGAACAAAGGCUCGAUUGCUACAAUGCUUCUGAAGCCCAGACAAAAACAAGGGACCAAGUCAGCUGAGUUAGAGCUGUCUAAAUCUGGGUGGCUGCUGGACCUGGCGAAGCUCACACUGGGAGAGAACAUCGGAGAGGGAGAGUUUGGUGCUGUGUAUGAAGGAGAGUACAUGGGCCAGAGGGUGGCAGUAAAGAUCAUUAAAUGUGACGUCACUGCUCAGGCCUUCCUGCAGGAGACUGCAGUCAUGACGAAACUCCAACAUAAAAACCUGGUGAGAUUACUGGGUGUCAUUCUUCACCAAGGGCUUCAUAUUGUAACAGAGCUCAUGACUAAGGGAAACCUUGUUAAUUUUCUCAGGACAAGGGGGCGUUCUGUUGUACGCUCAGCUCAGCUGCUCCGCUUUGCACUUGACGUGUGUGAAGGGAUGGAGUACCUGGAGUCUAAGAAGCUGGUUCACAGAGACUUGGCAGCUCGUAACAUCCUGGUCUCUGAUGAGAGUGUGGCCAAGGUCAGUGACUUUGGUCUGACAAAGCUGGACUCCAAGGUGUCCGACAGUGUCAAACUACCUGUCAAAUGGACUGCACCUGAAGCUCUGAAGAAAGAGAAAUUCUCAUCAAAGUCAGACGUCUGGAGUUAUGGUGUCCUACUGUGGGAGAUCUUCUCAUAUGGCCGUCUACCUUAUCCUAAAAUGUCUUUGAAGGAGGUGAAGGAAAAAGUGGAGGGAGGUUAUCGAAUGCAAGCUCCGGAGGACUGUCCUACUGGGGUUUACUCACUGAUGAUGAUGUGCUGGGAGCAGGAGCCACGCAGAAGACCUACCUUCCACAAACUGAGGGAGAAACUGGAGCGAGAGAUGAGUAAAGUUAGUCUGGACCCUGGGUCAUAGCAUCAGAAUGAAAUCCAGUCAAGAUCUGGGUACAUUUUGAUCUCACAAUGGUGAAAAACAGGAGUGCUCGCUCUUAGGACAGUUGACCCACGAAUUGGCGUUCUUGUGUACAUCACACUUGAUGAAGCAGUGAGCUGCAUCUCACACACUUCACUUCAAUCCCAGUGGAUUAAUUUAACCUGGUGGAUGGAAGGAGACAAUGAUUCUAACCAGCCACUUGAAUGUUUAAUCGGUGGCGGCUACUAACUCACCUUUUAGAGUUGUUCUUGGGAACAUAUUGAGUGCGACUCAGGCCGAGAGUGAAGCUGGCCUGAGCCGCUGUACCACGUUAUGUAUAUAAGUGAAUAAAGUUAAUAGCUUUAAUCCUCCAUUCUAUAUGGUUAAGUAAAGAAUGGAACAGAAUGAACAUUAUACCAUGUGCCAUUUGCUUACAUGUUCCCACAACUGUAUACUAAAUCUAGACUUUUUGCUAUGUGUGGCCAAUUAGAGUACAUUUUUUAUCAACUUACAGGACAAUAAACACCACUGACUGAAGUCUCAACAGAGUGUAAUACGUGUAGACUCAGCAAUACAGAGUUCCAGAUGAAGACUAAAUGCAGGUUAACUGCAGGUCAUGUUAUAUUGGUCCUAAGAUGUGGGGAGAAAAUGUCUAAAUGUAUAAUUAGAUACUUUACAUGAACUUUUUGAGUGAUGCUGCUCACAAACAGACAAACAUCAGCACCUUGGCAGAUGUAAAAGUAAUGACUUUUACUAACUUUUACACUUGUUAAAUAACUAUUCACUUGUUUCAGAUUUUCUCAAAGUGUUUUGGUUAAUGGUCAGUUUGUGGUACACUCUGAUUUAUUUAUUUCAAAUGUUUGAAUUUAAUCAAAUUUAGUUUGUUUCAUAAGACUAAAUCUGAGGGAAAUAUGGUAUUUAUUGCUACCUUCCUUUUCCUCUUUAUCAGGAUUUUGAGAUUAUAGUGAGUGACUUUGUAAUUUUUUGUUAUCUCGUGGGAUCUCUCUGUAUGUGCAGGUACAAAACACUUUGUUUAUCCUUAAUCUUCUGAAAAAACAUUUGGACUGUGAUUAUUUAUUUUACAUUUACAGUUGUUAUUCUAUUUAUUACAUUCCAUUCACUAUACCACUCAUUUCACUGUGUAAUUAUGUAAUAAAAAUGCAAUAAACCCCCUCUUUUGGAUUACCAUCACGUCUAAAGACUAAAUAAAAGAUGUCAUUUUAUUUUAAGUCUGUGUAAGCCUGCUUGUCUCUGUCCCAGGAGAUGGAUACCAAAUUGAGGUUUGAUGCUUUAUCUGUUGUUAUCAUACGAGAGUCCUUUAAUAUAGUUCAAUCUGCUGUGAUUUACUCAACCUUACUGAUGAGCAGCGGUUUUUCUGCACAAGGAUUUAUAAAGAAACCAAAUGUAAAAAUAAAGAAAUGAAAUAAUGAAAA